CACACACACACCCACCCACCCUUGGAACAAACACGCCAUCUCCCAUUCGCCACCCGCCACCUCACUUUGAUGUGCUGUCCGCUUUCGUGUAACCGGAUCAACACAAUCUACAGCCGGCAGCACUCCGGUCAUUUCUUAUGAGGUAGGUCACACUGGGAACUCGGUGGUUGACUUAGCCGGCCAUUCCGCCGCGCUGGAUGCGCCGCAUAUCACGAGGAACUUUCUUGUGGCAUCGAUCUCCACUUGGCACAAACGCAACUUCUUCAGGGCCUUUCCCUUGUCAUUUAUUCGGCAGGUUUGGUAAAAUCUAGCCAUCUUGAAGAUGGGGCUGUUCAGAUCAUUAAAAGGCAAGGUGGACGUUGGAACUGAUGAUCCACCGAAGCCAACACAGACCGCAUCCUCUCAUGAUGGAUGGUCUGUACGUGACGAGAAGCGCCGAAUAUUCGGUGGUGGCAGCAGUGGCGACAGAAACCAGCACAGUCAAUCCUCAUCAUCCCGCGCACCGACACCACACCAUGACCAGUACAAUGCGCCUCCUGGGCCACCUCCCAGUCAAAGAAUAGCAAAUGACCAAUAUGUUCCUCCAGAAGGGCCGCCGCCCUCCCAUGGGCAUCGCCUAACCCAGACCGAGUUUCAACCACCUGCAGGCCCACCACCAACACAAGCAUCUAAUCCCCCACCUUAUCAUGACUGGACCGUCAUACCGGAUACUUCUCUGCUACCCCCACCACCCGCGAUAACGGAAGAAUUCUCCCCAACCAACAAUGCCAGCUGGGAUUCCGCAGCACGAGCACAUGACUGGUGUGAGCAAAACCUCGUGUUCACCCCUUCAAUACCGUCUUCUAGAAUCCACGUCGAUUCUCAGGCUGGCCGGAUCGGCCUCGACCCUCCUCCAGCACAACUAUGGAGAGGCUCGUCGGUCCGACAGCUGUCACCCAUUUCGUAUAGAGUGAAGACGUCAAAGGGCCAACAAGAUGCCAUUCUUCUGUCCACAUUACCCAUCUAUUUCGCGGCAGCUGAUAAUCCUCUGCAAACGCAGCAGGAGAAAACAAUCUACUUUGAGAUUCGUGUUAUCAACAUUGCAAAUGAGAAUUCGGGUAUCGCCAUUGGAUUCUCGGCCAAGCCAUAUCCUCCAUGGCGACUGCCCGGGUGGCAUCGUGCAUCCCUUGGAAUCCACGGUGAUGACGGCAGGAGGUUUGUCAACGACUCGGGAGGUGGCCGAGACUUUGUGACUGCAUUUCGUCCUGGGGAAACCCUGGGUGUAGGUAUGACCUUCUCGACGGACGAACUCAGAGCUUCAGGGCCAGAAGGAAGGGUGAAAACUCGAGUUUUCUUGACUAGAGGAGGGGCAAGGGGUCAGGGAGAUGGGUGGGAGAUCGAUGAAGAGAGAGAUGCUGUUCUAGAUCCCAUAGAGGGACUCAUGGGAGAAGGUGAUCUGUAUGCUGCAGUCGGCGUUUUUGGAGGGCUCGAAUUCGAAGUCAAUCUGGGAAAGGAAACGUGGCUGUGGAAGCCUCGAGGUUGAAGUUAGAAAGAAACCGAGUGAGACUCCGUUCUUGACCUGUUCGACUUACACAGUAGUAAACUGGGUGGUGAGACUGAAUGGAAUGGUAGACCAACCCCAACUAAGACAGGCUUCUGCCAUGUGUGCAUCUUUAUCUUAAAUUGACCUAUUCAUCC